AUGUUGCAGUCCCGGUGCGGCAGCAGCCGCACCACCAUCACCAGGACUGUUGUCUGUAGGACAAUUGCCCCACGACAGCAACAGCAAGAGCAACAACCUCAGCAAAAGAAGCAGCACCUGUUACUGCUGCAGCGCCGUAGCUCGGUAGGCGCCGCUAAAGUCUGUGAGGUUGGUGCAGUGGCACACAGGGAAGACGGCCGCAACGAAACUCUUCCAUUCCUGGUAGCAGCUGCUGCCCAAACGGAAACGCGGGCGGUAAUAACGAGGGCUUCAGGUUCGUUGAGCCUCCCUGGAACCCCCCAUUCACCAGCGGCCGCAGCAGGAGGGGCCAUAUGCAGCCCUCAUAUUACAGACCUUAGCUCAGUUUGCGUAACUGUGUUUGGCAAGGAUGCACUGUCAGAGCACACUUAUCAUCAGCAGCAACAGGAGCAGCUACAGCAAGGGUGUACACGCACAGAGGGGUUUUGGGAACAGGCCGAACUCCUGGGCAACCAUGCCACCUUGCUGCAGCAACAGCAGCGAGAACCGCAGCAGCAGGAGAUCCAAGACGGGGAGGAGGAGGAGAAGCUGCUGGUUGGGCUGCCACUGUCACUAACGGCAGGAAAUGCAGCAGAAGCAGCAGUAGGAGAAACAGGAGCAGAAGAAGGACCUUCACAACUAACUGGAGCUGCAGCUGCAACCUGGAACACGCAUGCGAGGACAGCAGCAGCAGCAGCAGCAGCGACAGCAGCAGCAGGAGUUGAAGUUCUGAACCCCACAUCUUCUGCCUUUCUACAAAGUGGCGUCCCAUCCACACUGCAGUUAACCCAGACAAGUCACUGCAGUGGUAGGACUACCAAGAAUAACAGCAGCAACGACAACAGGAAGAGCAGCAGCAAGUGCAAAAACAACAAUACCAGCAACAUCAAUAGCAACGGCAGCAGCAACAAAAACAGCAUUUGUUGUGAGCGAUGCAGCAACAGCAGUUUCUGCUGGCCCGCCUACAGCUUUGAGUCAUGCAGCUGCAUCGCGCAACAGCAGCAGGAGCAAGAGCAGCAGCAGCAGCGUUUGUCUCUGCCCCAUGCCUGGUGUUGGCAGCCGCUCUCUUCUCGUGGCCUGAGGUUGCAGCUGCAGGUGCAGCAUAUCUCACCAGCAGCAUCAGCAGCAUGUCCUGCAAGACAACCAGUCGUACGAGCAGCAGCAGCACAGGACCAUGCAGCAACACAGGAUGCAACAAUAGCAGCAGCAACAAUGCCACUGCCCUUUGCUCUGAAAAGUCCGCUAGCAUCCCCCAUCCGCUUUCUCCCUUUAAAUGCAGCAGCCGCUGCUGCAGCUGCCUCAGCAGCUGCACAAGCAGCCGCUGCUGUUGCGCCAGGGUCAGAGCAGGGCCGUGCACAUCUCCCACCCAGAGGUCGCAAGGUAGAUCCGCUGCAGCAUUUGCACGAAAAUAAGGAGUUCGUCGCCUGCUCCAUAGCAGUAGCCGCAGAGGUAGCAGCAGGGGAGGCAGCAGCAACACCGGAAAACACAAAAGGAGCAGAUACAGCAGCGGUAGAUACAGCAGCAACACAGGCAGCAGCGCGAGUAGCAGAGCUUUACUGGCCGCAGCAGCUGCAGCUUCAGUUGAAUAAUCUUUUCACCAAAGAAAUACACUGUUGCACUACUGGUAGAGGUAACAACAGCAGCCACUGCAGCAUCAGCAGCCAACGCACGGACAACUGCAGCACCAGCAGCGAGAGCACAAAGAGAAGCAGCAGAGGGACAAGAGAAGAACUGCUUUGGGCAGAUAUAUCUCCACCUGAACGUAACAGAGAAUCUGAGAAUCUCUUUAGAAGCAGAAGGGAAGUCAGUAGAAGCCGCAGCAGCAGACGCCUCUGCGUGAGGUAUUCCGGUCCUUUAGAGCUGUCUACAUUCAGCGGGAAGCAGCGGCAGCAGCAGUGGAGGUGGGAGAAGGAGAGGCAACGGCGGUGGCAACAGCAGCAUAAACGAACCCUUAGCCGUUGGUCGAGAGCGCCUAAAACGGAGUCCUCCUUGCUGUUGCUGGUGCAACAGCAAACCCUCAAACUCAUCCACCGAGGACAGGAGCUGAUUGCAAGCUUGCAGCAGCAGCAGCAAGAGCAGAACAAGGCAGCAAACGAGCAGCCAAUGGAGGUAGAGGCACCGUUGGAAGGAGGAGCUGCAGCUGGGAGUGGCCCAUAUGGAAACCCAGGAAAGGCAAGCACUUCUUCUGUUGCUGCUGGAGUGUCCCAUCAAGCAGUCGUUCAGCAGCCACAGCAGGAGCAAAGGCGGCAACAGCUGCUGCCGCUUUUGCUACAGGAAAAUUUAAAUUUGAGGCACUUCUACGUUGCCAUUUGUCAAUCUGCUACCAAUGCACAGCCGCCAGCGGCAGAGCGGAAGCAACAGCAGCUGGUUCUGCUGCACCUGGUGCUGCAGCAGCUGUUGCUACAACAGCUGCAGCAAAUGCACCCAGCAACAGCUCCAGCGGCGGGGCUUACUUAUUGGGAGGGGAAGGGGGAUGAGGGAGGCUAA